AUGACAAAGAGAAGGAAAUCCAGCCAGAAAACACAGAGUAAGAAGUCAAGGACAGAGCAAGACGGGGCUCCUCGCCAAUUGGACCCUGUUUUUGGACAGUACAGGGCUCUUCCUGUAUCGCUAGAGGUGCUGGACAGGGUCACCGAGGACAGCAUACCUACCAAUGCAGAGGAGUAUCUGGCCAUUGUAAGGAAGCAGGCUGAGAACAGCUCAUCUGUGAUGUUUGUGCCGAGGAGUACGCCUGAUGAGUCUACAGAGGCCCAAAGGGAGCUCGUCACGGAACAGCAGAACGACGUGGACUCGUUCCAUUCAGCAGUUGUUGAAGAGUUUAGACUACAGAGGGAUCAGCUGCCAGAAGCUGGAACACUCGACAUCCCUUCCGGGUUCAUAUUCCCAUUGACAUUCACAUCGUGGAGACAGUACAUGAUGACGCACGAUCCCACUGUGGAAUUGGUCUCGAACAUGGACCACGAGCUCACGAUAAAGCUGCUGAUAUACUCAACCAAGUGGCUAUCACCACGGAUCCCACAGAGGCUGUCACAAUGGAUGUACGCCAUAAUGACCAGGGUAUCUGAGCCCUUGGAGGCCUCUGACGUCAGUGUUCUGCGAGAUUUGGCGAAGAGGGCGAAGACACUCUCCAACAGGGACCAAUUGGACGACACCACGCUGUUCACGCUUCAAUUCGUCAUCACCAUCGUCGGUGCAGUGUUUGGACAGCGUGAUCUGCUGAGCUGA